AUGAAAGAUUUUAUCCAUCAAAAAUUUAGAAGAUUAUCAAAGAAUUAUUCGAAGAUAGAUUAAAAGGAGUUGAAUAUGACCCAAAUAAUGCCAAUUAAUUAAGCGAAAGAUUAGUUCUCGAAUUAAGAGAGAAAAUAAAAAGAGAAGGUAAAGUCCCUAGAUAUAAAAUUGGAGUUUAAGUAGUUUUCGGAGAAAUUAAAGGAUAAGGUUUAAGAAUAGCCUCUAAGUGUUUGUGGGAUGUUCAAAAUGAUAAUUAUGCAAGCUACACUUAUACAAGCGAAAAGGUUUAUUGCACAGGAAUAGUAUUUGGAUGCUACUUUGAAUGAAUAAAUAAAUAACUUCCUUUUGAAUGGAUUUAAUUUAAUUAGCAAAUGCAGUAUCGUUAAUUUCUUAAAAAUCAUUUGA